CUCCCUUUCCUCUUCCAAUUGCUAAUGAGCGUAUCCCUGGUAGUUGAUACUAGUUCUUCGAUGAGUUGGCAGAAUAAGACUUGGUAGUUGUUCGUUAGACUUGCAAAAGAUGCAGCUCUAUACCAAUCAUUCAAUAUGGUUUCAAUGCUACAAUAAGUAGCGUCUGCCUUACCUCGUUAUUAGUGUCGAUCUUAGAGGACAUCUUCUCAAAGUCCUUGAGACUGACUGACUCUAUUUAACCCAGGCCGUCGAACACACCUAGGUAGACACCACGCCCUUCUAUCUCAAAGCCUGCAAACCCAUUCCUCCAUAAUGUCAUAUACACCGGCCCAACUAGAUCAAUACUUCGAACGCAUCAAACUUCCUCAUGACACGCGCGCUCGCUUGUGCGCUGGGAUUAAAGACCUAGAGGUUCUGACCAGCCUUAUACGCCAUCAUGUUGCAGGGGUUCCCUUUGAGAAUACAGUGCUGCACUACACCCCCCAGCAGUAUUUUGAGCUCAAACCCCAAGGUCUAUACGAAAAGAUUGUGCUUCGUCGUCAAGGUGGUACCUGCUUCCAGGUAGUCAGGAUCCUAAGUGAAGUCCUGCUUUCCAUCGGAUACACGCUCUACAACAGUGCAGCGCGUCUGAACGCAGCAGCUAGUAUCUCUCUUGCAACCACCGGCGAUCCUAACCGACCAGUGGGUGCACAGUUCGGUGACUGGCAACACAUGGUUCUCAUUGUUCGCGUUGACGGACAAGAUUACCUUGUGGAUGGGGGCUUCGGUCCGAACUGCCCUGUCCAGCCGAUUGCCCUGCGUGAUGGGCAUGAAUUUGUGGAUGGGCGCUUGGGCCGUCGGGGACGGCUGAUUUACGACAAUAUCAACAAAGGCCGGGCGCAUCAUCUGAAAUACUGGCGACUGCAGUUCCAAAGCAUGAAGUCAACGGCGGCGCCGUGGAUGGACGUAUAUGCAUUUAAGGAGUGCGAAUGGUUAGACACGGAUUACGAGGCCGGUGCCCGGGCAGUUGGUACAAACAAACGCGUAUGGUUUCGGUUCCGUGUGACUGCUUUCCAGUACGUGCUAGAGGAAGGGGUCCCCGCGGGCUGGGUUAUGCUAUGGCAUAAUACGCUUAUACGGUUCCACGGUGGCAAGGUGCUGGAGAAGAGCUUUUUGGAGUCUGAGGAGGAGAGGAUCGAGGUGUUGGCGGAUGUGUUCGGAAUCGUGCUGACCGACGAUCACAAGAAAGAAAUUGCCGGAAUGUUCUCAGCUUUGCCUCUAAAGAAAGCAAGGCCAUCAAAGAUGUAGAUCUGUAUUACUGACACCUGGGCCAGCCUGUCGGACACUGCGAUAUUUUGCAUUUCUCUGCUAGUCAUACUUAAUCUGAUAUCUGUUUAUUUAUAUCUAUGUUCGUAUUGGGCUGUCAGGCGGCCGCAACUACUGUUACUUAGUGGUCUU